ACAAUAAUCUAGUCUAUGAUUAUACAGCAAAAAUCGCUCUUUGUGAUUGUUGAAGUGAUUUUGAUAUUUUCGUGAAUAAUUUGCAAGAUACACCAACAAAAUGGUCUUAGAAAGUACUAUGAUCUGCGUUGAUAAUAGUGACUACAUGAGAAAUGGAGACUUUCUUCCAACCAGGCUGCAGGCUCAGCAAGAUGCGGUGAAUCUGGUGUGUCAUUCCAAAACACGGUCAAACCCGGAGAAUAAUGUUGGAUUACUAACUUUAGCUAAUGUAGAAGUUUUGGCCACGUUAACCAGCGAUGUUGGCCGCAUAUUAUCCAAACUACACCGUGUCCAACCCAACGGUGACAUCAACCUCUUGACCGGAAUCAGAAUUGCACACUUGGCACUGAAGCAUCGUCAAGGGAAGAACCACAAGAUGAGGAUCGUGGUAUUCGUGGGCUCUCCUGUUAAUACCGACGAAAAAGAACUAGUGAAACUAGCGAAGAGAUUGAAGAAAGAAAAGGUAAAUGUUGAUGUUGUUUCAUUUGGUGAAGAUGGUGAGAAUAAUCCUUUAUUAACUUCGUUCGUCAACACUCUGAAUGGCAAGGACAAUACAACUGGAGGCAGUCAUCUCGUGUCAGUACCGGCUGGCGGCUGUGUGGUGCUCUCUGAAGCUCUAAUUUCUAGCCCCUUGAUUGGAGGAGACGGUGCUGGACCGUCAGGUUCGGGAUUGUCACCAUUCGAAUUUGGAGUCGAUCCUAAUGAAGAUCCGGAACUUGCUCUGGCUUUGCGCGUGUCCAUGGAAGAGCAGAGACAGCGCCAGGAAGAGGAGUCACGCCGUCAACAAGCCAAUACUGAAGGUGAAACAGGAAAAGCUGGAGAGACUCAGAACAGCAGCAUGGAACGUGCUCUAGCCAUGUCUCUUGGGCGCGAGGCCAUGGAACUGUCAGAGGAGGAGCAGAUUGCUCUAGCGAUGCAGAUGAGCAUGCAACAAGAUGCACCAGCUGCUGAAGAAAGCAUGGAUGUGUCUGAAGAAUAUGCUGAAGUUAUGAAUGAUCCAGCUUUUCUACAAAGUGUCCUUGAAAAUUUACCUGGAGUUGACCCUCAGAGUGAAGCUAUCCGCAAUGCUAUGUCUACCAUCAAAAAAGAUAAGGAUGAAAAGGAUGACAAAGAUCAAAAGGAGAAGGAUGGAAAGGGUUCAGGAUCAAAAGAGUCAUAAAUAUCUUUGCAUUUUUUUUAUUGACACAUGAAGCUCGUAAACUUUAAAACACUAGACGCUACUGCAGUGUAACUACCACUUGGGAUUUAUGAAUAUACAGAUGAUUUAUUUGA